AUGAUUGAUGCAGACGUAGACGAUACUACACCUGACCAGAUCAAUGAGGAAGCUGGCGAUCUUCCGAGCCAAAUUGCUGCGGGCGAGACUUGUACCGGCGUCGGCGAGGCACUGGUCGGCGACGCGCAGGAGGAGGGCAGCACCAUAACACGUGAUGACUUGGAGAAUGGUGAUGGAAAUGGGCUAGACGUAGCCGAGGACACAGGUGGGAGUGGUCUUGAAAAGGGCGCUCCCGAGGACAACACGUAUGCUCCUCGAUCUGAGGACUGUGUCGGUGCCGCCGAUGGUGCUGGCGACGAUGUAUAUCGUCGCGUACGAAAGUUAGCCGUGGAAGCGAUCAAUGCGGCAAGAGCCACAAAGCAACUUGAGCUUCUAUCCCCCGACGAAGCUCUUGCUGUGCCUGCCAUGACUCACUGCCGGACAAUGUGCGAGCAUGACUUCCUGAGUCACUGGGACAUGGCCGGGCGAAAACCUUACCAAAGGUACUCGGAUUUUGCAUAUGGCCAGCAUGUUUCGGAGGACGUGUUCGAAUUCCGCGUGAACGAAGCCGCUGAAGAUGAGAUCAUGAACAGGAUCAAGGAGUGCAUCGAAGGGCGACUUGGGGCAGAUGCACUCGACCAAGAAGGGGGUAUAACGAACCACAUGCUGGACAACAAGCACACGCACAUCGGUAUCGGAGUGCAUGUUGUAGAUGACCGGCUCCGCUAUGCGGAGGUGUACGCCGAUCGCUACUUGGAGCUGCUCGACUCUCCGGCUGAGCUAUCUGUUGCAGACGCAGCCUCGGGGUUCCACAUCUCGGUGCAGAUGACUUCGUCGGAUGUUGGACCAUACGCCUGUCUCGUGUUUCAUGACCCGGUGGCGACUACGCUGACCGUGGGGGAACUGCAGCAGCAGUUCAGCGGGCCGUACUCGGAUUUCACAACAUCACAGGUGAGCAUCAUCUGGCCGUGGCAAAUGGAUGUCUUGGAGGACGGGGUUUUCGGUAUUCCGGUCUCGGUAUCCCCGAUUGAGGCCGGCACGUACUACGUGCAGAUUCUCGUCCGUGAAGACCCAGGAAGCAUACCCUAUGACACGGAUCCAGCAGGUGGACUCCCGUUGCCAGGAGAGAGUUUUUGCGGAGGUGCACUAGUGUUGAGGGCUCCCGAAGAAGGGGAAGCCAACAUGGGGAUGUCUGAUCUGGACGGAGCGGGUGGACUGUUGUCCGACAAUGGAGGUGGGACCUUGGAAGAGAGGGAAGCAAGAACGAUGGCAUCGACAAGCGCACUUCGGCGCGACCUCCCGCCUAUCGUCAGAGUACGCGUCGUUCAGGACGCAGGCGGAAGUAUGCAGCAGGAAGCCUCCUAUGAGAACAAGGUUUUUAUGCCUCGCGAAAGGGCGGAAGACAUGGCGCAGUUGAAUCUCGCGAUGGAGUUCCUUCGCUUGGGCGCGUGGGACGACUUCUCAUCGCGAGAACAUACUAGCGAAGGAACCUGUACCAUUGUUGACCCAGUCGUCGCGAUGAAGGAAGAGCAGACGGCGGGUGAGAUGGAAGACCCGAACGAAGGAGGAGCGGCGUCGGAAGCGCCCGUAGAUCCAGAUAAAGCUGCCACCGACGGUCAUGACGCCCCAACAGAAGCCCUUACCACCCCCGAAGAAGCUACAGAUGCUGGCGGCAUUGCUACACAAGAAGCGGAAAUGAAACAAGGAAUCGUGGAUUCUGAGGCCCGGGGCGGAAAUGGUGACGCAAAUGAUGCACAACAGCCUCCGGUCGAGGGAGAGGGGAGCGAGAGUGCGGAUCAUAAGUUGAUGAAUGGGCACGACGCAGAACCUGAAGUGCCAUGGGUGGUUACCGAUAUCGCGAUUGUCAGGUUCAGGGAAGGCGAAAAGCAACUGGUGCCGGAUGAACCGAAAAAGGUGGAACCACCCGAGGAUUUCGAGCUCGUACCGGGAGACCUUGCCAACCCUCCGGCUUUAGACGGCGACGAUAGCACCAAAGAAGCGGUCGGAGAACAGUCAAGUGGAGAGGUGGCGGAAGGCAAGACCACCGCAGAGCCGAUGGAGAGAGGGGAGGAGCACGGGGGAGAAGGGGGCACUUGUGGUCGCGAUAUGGUGUUUCUCUGUGUCAAGGUUGUGAACGAGCUAUAUGAUAGCACAAUACAUGUGUGCUACAAAAAAGCGGGGGCUUCAUUGGCUGUGAUCCAGCAGGUCGCUGAAAAGACCGCCGAAAAGACGGCGAAGCAGAUCCAACGGCACCUCGGCAUUGAAGGAGGAGACGGGGAUGGCAAGGCUGACCCAAUGGACGACGAAGCGUAUGACGUCGAUACGAACAUGACGUCUGAUCAGAUGCUGGAGUGGGAAGAGAAGCGGAAUCGGGAGGCCGCGGAAAGAGCGCGCAAUCGAGAAAAGGUGGAGAGGGACCACCGGCGCAAGGAAGCGAGCGAUGCCGUGCGAAGGCAGAUUGCAGAAGCCCUGAAAGAGAAGGAUGAGCUCGUCAAGCAAAAUGGCGAAUGGCAGAAGAAGAUCGCGUCUCUCAUGUUGAGCCAACAGAAAACCAGAGAGGAGGCCAGGACGGAGCACGGUGGGAGGGGAGUCGAGAAGGAAGCAACCCCAUUGCAUGAGAGCGAGAAAAACUACGCCGAAUCCCUUGCCUCUAUCGUGUCUUGUCGGGAGAGGCUUCAAGAGCAGCAGGCUGAGUACGAUACCGUGGCAAUUGCUCUUCAGACAAGGUUGGACGAGAAAGAGUACAAAUCACGCGAAAUAGCUGACUCUUUCCGGGAAUUUAAGAGAGAGAUUGCUCGGACAGCGGAACAUAGUCGCACGGGCAAGGCGAUACCGAAGGGGGUCAUCUCUCAGUUUGAGGUCGCGGAAGCCAAGAAAGAUCGGGAGAUCGAAAAGGUGCGUUUGAAGAACAUCAACUUGCGUAUGAUGCUUAGAAAGGUGGAGGGAAAUCUUCGAGCGAAGGAGCAACUCGCAGAAGGGCUCCAUCUCAUCGACUUCGAGCAACUGAAGAUUGAAAACCAGACGGUCAACGAGAAAAUCGAGGAGAGAAACGAGGAGCUCCUAAAGCUCCGGAAGAAGAACACCACCACGGUUCAGAUCCUUACCCACACGAAGGAGAAGCUGCAAUUCGUCGCAGCGGAGAAUUCUGUCACAAGUCACCAGCUUUCGAUUCUGGAAGACGACCUCAACCAGGAAAGGGAUCGUCUCACCGGAGCCAAGAAAGAUAGAGACACCCUUCGCAGGGAAGUGGCCAGUCUUAGGCAGAGCCAGGGGUUUGCAAACAGCGAUCUACUGAUCCUGGACUUCGAGCAAAGAAAGUCGCACCUAAAGAAGCUAGGGCAGAAGCUGGAGGAGAUGAAAUCGAAGCACCACCUUCUGCUGCUGGAGCAAGUAAGGAAACUUCCGCCCCGAGUCUACCGAUGGUGUGACGUCCGUUUUCCCCCGACUGUAAGCCGGAAAGUUGAAAAUGAAAUCUUCAUGGUGGCCGUUUGCCAAUUUUUGGUUCAUGGUGAAGCGAGUUCCGACAGCCCCUCUCAUACCGGGUUCUAG